GUGCACUGUAGCAAAUGAGAAAAGAGGUGUGGUUGAGGCUGUGCCCAAAUCAUUUUCUCUCUUUUUAUGCCCCCGUUUUCAUUAUUUACCAUUCUAUUUUAAUUUUUCUUAGCACAUGCAUUAUGUCCAGUCAAUCUGCUUAUAUAGAUUCGAAAAAUCACUUUAAUUUUUUUAUUAAACAAAUCAAUCAGUCGGGGGAAGGAUUUCUGACAGAAGUAUUUGUCGCCUACUGUAAAUUUCAUUGUUUUUCCAAAAUACUUUUUCCACCAAAACAAAUAGGAGAAUUUGGGUGGUGAAUUUUCGUUAAUUAUGACGAAAAGUAGGGUGUGUGGCUCCUUAUUUGUGGAUUACUCUGAAAUCCUAGGGAAAUGGUGCUUCAACAGGGACCCGAAAAUGGGACAGACAGAAGGGAAGGCAUGUGAGGUCUCCCCCCUUAAUUGCAUAAUGAACUGGCCAUGACCAGCUCAUUAUGCAAUCAGAGGGGGACACCUCAUCUGUCCCCCAUCUAUCUGUCCCAUUUUCGGGUACGUGAGGUAUUUUUCAUUUGACUAUUAUAUAAAAUAUAUGCCCCCCCCCCACCCCAAACUCUUGAAGCUUUAUUAUUUUGAAAUUGAUCCCUCAAAUCUCGAAAUUGAUACUAGAUUUUCUAAUUCUUAAGUUAUUCCAAAAUUAGUACCUCAACCCAUUCACAUUGCCAUUAACUUCCCCAAUUCUUGUAAUUGAUUGAAAACUCAUGAGAAUUGGGGGGACUCAGUAGCAAUUUCAACGAUUCGUGGGACUAAUUCUAAAAUAACUUUAAGAAUUUGGAGGGAGCUAGCACCGGCCAACUUCAAUGAUUAGAGGACUAAUUUAAAAUGCUAAUGAUUUCAAUCCUUAAGGGGCUGUUAUGGAAAUAAGCAUACAGAUGAAAGAACAAAGUUAUUAAAAAAGUACAUUUCUAUCCGAAAAUACUACAUGUAUCAUAUGUUGCAAGAAAUUAACAUCAGAUAUGUAUGUAUUUUGAUUAUAGAAAUUUUAUUUCCAAAAAAGACCCCAUGUUAAUUUUACUAGUUGAUAACAUUUUAUAUUUGCAUUUUUUUGGUGUAAAAAAUUUAUUUUAGAUACAAAUCAAGUAUUUGUUCAUCUAUCAUAGUAAGAUAAUUUAAUUUUUUUUUUCAUAUGAAAUCAACUAAUUUGAUGGAAUGAUUUUUUUUAAAUUAUUCAUUAACAUAAAGGAUUGACAACAUUUGUUGUAGCUAAACUGGCUGCAACAAAUACUUAAAGCUUUUUCUACAAAAAAUAUGAUCUAAUCAUCAUUCUCAACCAUAUUUUUGUCAAAAAAAAAAAAAAGACUGUAACAUUUGCUUCGACCAAACGUACAAGCGGUAAGCGAUAAAGGAUUAAUUGUCAAAAAGCAAACGUUGAAGGAUAAUUUCCCAAAUACUACAUGGCGAGGGAUAAAUAUGUAAAAAGACCCAUUCAAUUUUCCAAAGUCAAUACUAAUAAAGUCCCAAAGAUCCAAAUCAUCUGAAAUCGAGAGAGGGAGCGAGAGAGAGAGAUGAGCAGCGAAGACUAUGCAAAGUCCGGCCAGCAGUACGGAACCUUUGGUGGUGGGCCCCCCGUGUACCCCCCUCAGCCACCGGCGACGGGAUUCCCUCAGCCGGUUCCUCCGCCUGGGGUCACCGGUGGCGCCGGUCACCAGCCCUCUGACUACUACGCCUACGGCUACCAAGCUGUGGAAGGUUAUGCAGCAGUAGCUGAAGGAAGACCUCUAAGACAUCCACGUCUUCCCUGUUGUGGAAUGGGCAUGGGAUGGUUUCUGUUUAUCAUUGGUUUCUUCCUUGCUGCUAUUCCAUGGUAUGUCGGAGCUUUCAUUCUCCUAUGUGUCAGAGUUGAGUACAGAGAAAAACCGGGAUAUGUUGCUUGCACAAUUGCGGCUAUUGUUGCAUCAAUUGCUAUCAUAUUUGGUGCCACAAAGGGAGCUGAUGUAUGGUGAUUUACUGGCAAAAAGGACACUGUGGGAAUAUGUGAAUACUUCAUAAAUACUACACUCUGGAGACUAUCUGAACUUUGUUUAUUCAAUAUACUGUGAGAUAUUGCAUGUUUAUAUUUGCGUGGUGGGAUAGCUUCAGUUAAAUAAUGAUAUGUAUAAACUCUUGGAUAUUUAUAUCGAUUAUAUGUUGAUUGUUUGUUUGAAGGAA